AUGCUGGGGAAGUUACUGGGUAAAUCCAGGAUGUUGGAAGAAGAAGAAAUCCUUGUCCAGAAAUAUGCCAAGUGCGGCAAGGUUGACGAGGCUCUUGAGAUUUUUCACAGGCUUGCGGAUCCCAGUGUUGCGACGUGGAACCUACUGGGCGCUGGGCAUGCACAGGUCGGGCAACUCAAGAAAUCUAGGCAAAUCUUCGAAGAAACACCGAGGCGCGAUGUAAUCUCGUGGACUGUUAUGGCGACUGGGUUUGCCAUAAACGGUCACAUUGACGCUGCCAGGCUCACAUUCGAUCUGAUGCCUGCGAGGAGCACAGUUUCAUGGAACUCAAUGAUCAAAAUCUAUGCCGAUGAUGGGCAAUUGAAAGAGGCAAAUUGGCUUUUCGAUCAAAUGCCACAUCCCAACACAGUUUCGUGGACAUCUCUCAUGUCCGCAAAUGCCCAAAAGGGGCAUUAUUUGCAAACGAAGACUCUGUUUGACCGCAUGCCACAGCGCGACAUGGUGACGUGGACGAUGAUGGUCACGGCGUACGGGAAAGCGGGGUGCGUUGACCAGUCCGCGUCAGCGUUUGACAGGAUGAGCUGGCGAGACAUGGUAACGUGGAAUGCCAUGCUACACGUCUAUGCCGCGAAUGGGUGUCUUGACGGGGCCGUUGCUACAUUUGGCCAGUUACCGCAGCGCAGCGUCAUUGCUUUAAACGCAAUUAUCCACGCUUUCUUCGAAUCUGGAAAAAUUGAGCAAGCAAAGUCUAUGUUUGAUCAGAUGAGCCACCGAAAUAACAUCACUUGGAACACCUUGUCUCAAGCAUAUGCCCAAAGAGGAGAUAUGCACACUGCAGCUGCUAUACUUUCAAAGAUGCCCCAACAGGACGUCGUGACAUGGACCGCAACGAUCCACCACCUUGCAGAGUCCGAUCGUCUUGAUAAAGCGCGAGAAAUGUUCGAUCGAAUAACAAAUCCAGACGCAGUGGCCUGGAACGCAAUGCUUUCAGCAUAUACCCAGUCAGGGCAUCCGCUGGAGAGCCUCAAUCUCUUCCGGGAGAUGGCGUUGCGAGGCACGGCCGUUCCCACAGACUACACAUUCUCGAUCGCCCUCGACGCCUGCGCGACGCUGUCCGCUCUCGCCGACGGGAGGAUCAUCCACGCUCUCCUCCCGAGCUCGAGCCUCGCCUCGGUGGUGGUGAGGACCGCGCUCGUCAACAUGUACAGCAAGUGUGGGAAGCUGGACGAGGCGAGGGCGGUGUUCGACGGCGUCGAGGAGCAAGACCUUGCGAGCUGGAACGCCAUGGUCGGGGCAUACGCGAGGAACGGGCAUGCGCUCGAGUCCCUGGCGCUCUUCCGGUCCAUGGAGCUCUGCGGUAUGCCGCCGGACGAGACGAGCUUCAUGAGCGUCCUGGGGGCGUGCAGCCACGCCGGGCUGGUGAGGAGGGCCUACGGCUACUUCGCGGCCAUGCCGCGCGACUAUGGCGUCACGCCGGACGUGGAGCACUACCGGGCGGUGCUGGACGUGCUGGGGCGGUCGGGGAGGCUGGGGGAGGCCGAGGAUCUCAUCGCGAGCAUGCCGUUUUGGCCGGAUGGGCUAUCGUGGACGACGCUGCUGGGCGCUUGCAAGGGGCACGGGGACGUCGAGCGCGCGGAGAGGGUGGCAAGGAAUGCGCUCGCGCUUGUUCCGGAGCAUCCCCUGGCUUAUGUGCUCCUCUCUAACAUCCAAAAGGCUGGUGCCGAGUUCCAGGACGAUCUGGAAGAGGAUUCAUAG